GGUACCCGGGUGUGUGAAGAUUUAACCUAAGCACCAAUGGAAUGGUCGCAGAUGUACUAUCUCCACUCAUCCUGGACACCGGGGCAUGCAAAACGAACAAACCCAUUGGGACAACAGGCGUACAUUUUUACUCAUUUAUUUUACGUUUAAAUUAGCAAAUACCAGCACUGCAAUGGCAAUUGACUGGCUUGGAUUUGGGUACGCUGCAGCCAUAGUCCUUGGGGGAUUCAUGGGAUACAAGAAAAAAGGUAGUGUCAUGUCACUGAUAGCUGGGCUAUUGUUUGGCAGCAUAGCCGCCUAUGGGGCCUUUGUGAUUUCAAAUGACCCAACCAAGACUUUCUACUCCCUCGUUGCCUCAGGAGCGCUGACAAUAGUAAUGGGAAUGAGAUUCAAGAAAUCUGGUAAAAUAAUGCCAGGUGGUAUCAUGGCAGGACUAAGUGUGCUGAUGGUCCUACGACUUCUCUUCAUGAGUGUGAUUGUAAUGUGAUUUGAACAAUACAACAACCAACUGAAGCAAGAUGGAAAAUGUCAUCACAAGGGAUGAAUUUGCAUUUACACAUUGUUUGUGCUUGCCUAUAUGCAUUAUUGUAAUCAUCCUUAAUGUUUGUACGUUCUUUAAAGAACUUGAUCCUGCAACCUAUGAUCAUAUUGCUGCUUUUAUGUAAUUCCUCAAGUAUGCAGCACUGGGGCAGUGAGUGCACAUAC